UCGACCUGCUCCCUGCACGGAAUUCAGCAAGUGCGUCAGAACUCCUGCGAACAGACGUACAUCUAGUCCAGGUUUGGCGGGACAGCUUCCCGGGCAAGUGCCCCGUCAAUCGUGAAAAUUCACAGAAACAGUCAACCAUAACGUCAACAGCAGAGCAUCUCCCGCGGUGGACUACUGCGUGUCAGCGUGUCCCUGCAUGGCCACGACGACCGAUGAAUGGGGGGGGGCUGGGUGGCGAAACAGCGGGUGGUUGGUCGUGGCUACUGUGGAACUACUGCCGCAAUACACGAGCAGCUUCGGGCGGGCCGCCGUGGUCGAACUAUUGGGUAUUCCGAUGGUAGACUCUACAACAAGCCACAUCACGUCUCAUCGAAAUGGGCUCGGGCAUUGAACAUGAGAAGAGUGAAUAAAAAACAAAAACUCAAACGCAAAAGCCGAACAGUGAAACAGUUUCAAAACCACCAUCAAACCUAACCCAGCCAGCAUCCAUCAGCCGGUAGCUUUCCGGUUGGUUCUCUGCUUCGAUAUCGCCGACGGGUAGGUGGGGGAGAUGGGCGAUAUAGGAGCCGAAGGACUACACAGCAGCUAACAGACACGUAGUUUCGCUACGAUACGAGUUGAGUGAAAGCACGCUAAGCUGAUAAGAGAGUUCAAUUUAAAAUCCCAAAGUGCCACAUGGCUGCCGUUGUAGCAGCUUCAUCAUCUGAUACUAGUCUAUUCGAUAGCAGCCAUCAGCGUCGGAACAAUCGUCAAUCAUUCAACCAGCACAGUCAUCACAGUCAGCGUCAUCAAUACUACCAUCAUCACCAUUACUGCAACAGCCACUACUACCAUCACCGGUCCACGCGAACCAUUAACCGGGGUGGUGGGGGCCGGCGGUCCGUCCUCGGUCACCAUCAGGACUGCUGUGAGGGGGGAAACUGCAGCGAGGAAACCCUCGGCAUGGGAUGUAGCAGUAAUCUAAACAAUCACGGUAACGGUAGCAAUACAAACAACAACAACAACAACAACAAUAGUUGUCAUCAAAGCGACGGCGGUGGCGGAGCACCGACCGGUGGUGGUGGUGGUGGAGGAAGCGUGAGAAGCAGUGGCAGUGGCAAGCGUUGCACUUUUGCGGCAACCACGACCACAAUUCCCAACAGCAGCAACAGCAGUGGUGGCGUCGGUGGUGGUGGUAAUGGAGGAAAUGGUUCCCGAUACGGCAGUCGAAAGCUGCCACCACCCCGUAGCUCAGCGCUGGUGAACCGAGGAACGCGGGAACUGGUACAAUUUGAUGACAAUCCACACAUCACAGUGCACAGUCAGAGCUCAAACAGCAGUACGUCGUCGUUGAGGAUUCUCGAAGAUAGCCUAGAACAAAGCUCCAUUAGCUUACCGAUCGCCAGCAUCUCGUUUAACCCGCCUAGCCGCCUCUUCGUUCACUUGGGAAUGCUGCCUUGCCGGUCGUGCCUGAUAUAAAACCGUAACGUUUCCAGCAGGAAAAACCUAAAGAAAACCGCUAAACAAAGUUUACUGUUUACGAGUCGGAGUGCUGACUGGUUCUAGUUCGAAUUUCGGCUCCAGCGACACAACCGAUUCUAGCCAGAAUUGGUUGUCAUUCGAGACGGAUUACUAACUAGAAUUUCUCAGUUCUGGCUGUUUAACCUCAACUGCUGUCAAAAUAUACUGUUAAG